AAGUGUAUCAACGUUGACACGUCUGAUUGUCAAAAUGUAUUACCUAAAUUUAGUGUCUCGUGCAUCAAGAUGCUUCUUAUCAAGUAUCAAUUUUGUACGGUCAACAACGAAUGCUCGACGUAACGUACAUGUCUACAAAGGUGUUUUUAUAAAACCCCUACGAUUUGACACUAGGAUAGAAAGAUACCGUUUUAACGACAGGGAUAAGCGGCAUGAAAGAAGAUCCAGGAUGCUCCUCGCUGUGCCCUUGCCCACUUUAAUUUUGAAUUAUUUUCUUGGUAUCGAUUCCGACGAAGAAGUCCCAGAAGUUAUUAUGACAAUCAAGCGAUCUGUUUUGUUAAUACAGAAGGGAGAAUAUAACAAGGCAGAGCAAAUGCUGCACCUAGCAUUGCGCCAAGCACAAACCAUACAGCAUUACGAUGCUAUCACAUAUAUCUACGAUGUGAUGGCUAAUCUUGCUUUUGAUACUGGAAAAUAUCGCAAAGCAGAGAAUUUGUUUGUGUCAGUUUUACAAAGGUUGAUGUUGAAUGGAGCCAAAGAAGAUGACAUUCGCGUUAUUCAUAUAAGCUUGAAGAUGGCAAAAGUUUUUGAACAUUUAAAUGAGCCAAAGAAAGCAGAACAGGGCUAUAAAUUUUGUAUGGAGAAUUUAAAAUCGCAUAUUGGAAAAGAUCCUGAUAAUAAGGAUGCUAUAUUGCUACAAGGUAUGACCUUUGAUUGGUAUGCAAAAAUGCUACUUUCCCAGGCUCGGUAUACCGAAGCUUUCAACUACUUUCUUCAGGCUUAUGACAUAUGUAAAAAAAUGAAUGGUGAGGAACAUGAACAGACUGUAGUUUUGCUUAAUGAUUUGGGAACAAUUUGUUGUAUACGGGGAGAAUAUGACGAAGCUAUUAAAUACUUAUCUGCUGCAGCAAAAAUAGGCGAAAACUUACCUGAUAUGGCUGACUUGGGUUCAAUUCAUGUCAAUUUAGGGAAUGUGCUUCUGAAAAAAGGUUUAUACGAUGAAGCAAAAAAAUCUUGUCAACGAGGAAGAAAAAUAGCUAAAAGUAGAGACGACAAUGAUUCUUUGUUAGAAGCCAUUGAAUGUCUCAAAGAAGUAAAAAGAUUACUGUCAUUGUAAAUUGUAGAAUUAUGUUAGAUGGAACUUGGAGAGAAAGUUAAGAAUAUGGAUAUUUGUUUGAAAAUAGGGUCUGUAAAUAUAUGUAGAAAAAUAUUAAAUUAUUUAAUGUUGAAAAGAAUAUAGUAAAGAGAUUACUGUCAUUGUAAAUUGUAGAAUUAUAUUAAACAGAACUUAAAGAGAAAGUUAAGAAUAUGGAUAUUUGUUUGAAAAUAGCAUUUGUAUGAAAGUAGCAUAUGUUGAAAAAUAUUAAAUUAUUUAAUGUUAAAAAGAAUAUAGUAAAUUUUAAUAAUUGUAACAAUUGCAAUAAAGGAAUUCAGCGAAGUGCCGUUUUUUAAUAAAAUGCUAUUUAUUAUUUAAUAUUCAAUGGGUUAGUCAUUAAUGUAAGAGGCGUACAUAUCUUACCUCUGAAAUGCUUACGAUUAAUAAUACAUUUUAUGUAGCCUCUUUGGUAUUAUUUGUAUAUCUUCAAUUUUUAACUUUGUUCUGUACACGUCAUUUGUAAUUUAUUUCCACUAUUAAAUAGAACAUAAAAUAUAAAAAAAUAUUUUUAUAUUUUUCUGAAGAAAUUUUCCUGAAAAUUUUUAUAUCUAUUAAAACAACAUGAUUGUUACUUUGAUGUAUUGUAUUUACACUUAUUAUUUUUACAAAAUAUUUUAUAAUAAAGAAUAUCAAUCUGAUAACA